AUGUCACUUCCUACGAGAAAAAUCGGCAACGACGAUGUCACCGCUAUGGGGUUCGGUUUGAUGGGCAUGUCUGCGUUCUAUGGGCCUAUCGACAGUGACGAGGACAGGUUUAAGGUUCUCGAUGCAGCUUUUGACGCGGGCUGCACGAACUGGGACUCGGCGAACAUAUACGGCGACAGUGAAGUACUCCUAGGCAAAUGGUUCAAGCGAACGGGAAAGCGGAAGGAUCUGUUUAUCGCGACCAAGUUCGGGUUCACACUUCAAGGCCCGAACAACAAACCAGAGUAUAUUCGAGAGUGUUGUGAUUCGUCUCUUAAAAAGAUGGGAAUCGAGACGAUUGAUCUGUAUUAUUGCCAUAGGGUGGAUGAGAAUAUUCCCAUUGAGGAUACUGUCGGCCACAUGGCCCAACUAGUCAAAGAAGGAAAAGUGAGGUAUCUAGGUCUAUCCGAAGUAUCCGGGGACACUCUACGUCGCGCACACGCUGUACAUCCCAUUUCCGCUGUGCAGAUCGAGUACUCCCCCUUCUGCCUCGACAUGGAACUGCAGACGACCGGUCUGAAGGCGGCGUGCGAUGAGCUUGGUGUGGCGAUCGUUGCGUAUUCUCCCCUUGGGAGAGGUCUGUUGACAGGGACCUAUAAAUCGAACGCAGAUAUUCCAGCAGAUGAUUUUAGGAAGACUGUGCCAAAGUUCAGUGAUAAGAACUUCCCGAAUUUGUUGAAGCUGGUCGCCUGCAUGGAGAACAUUGGCAAAAAGCAUAAAGCUACAGCUGGCCAAGUAUGCCUUGCGUGGAUUCUUGCUCAAGGCAAUAAUAUUAUCCCCAUUCCUGGUACAAAGAGAGUCAAAUAUUUGAAAGAGAAUCUCGAAUCGCUCAAUGUCAAGCUUAGUCCAGAAGAGAUCGCAGAGAUCAGGAAGACGGCAGAGGAAGCAGACAAGCACCAUCUUGACCGAUAUCCUGCUGAGAUGAUGACGGCGCUCUUUGCGAAUACAGUUGUAAUAUUUUAG